CUUUCAUUUGUCGCUAGUCUACUACAGUUGGAUACUUUUGGUGAACAUCAUGGCGCUGUCUUCUCACAUUCUCCAGAUACUGUCCCUCCUCUUUGGGCUCGCAGUUGCUGCCGACUAUCCUGGCAUUCCCAAGGACCUUACAACACCAGUACAACAACGUAUUGCCUUCAAGGGCCCCAACUCCAUCUCAGUGAGUUGGAACACUUACGGACAGCUCAACGAAGCGUGUGUCCAGUAUGGAAAGUCCGCUAGCAGCCUGACGUCCCAAGCGUGCUCGACGCAGUCCGUAAAGUACGGGACCUCUCGGACAUGGGCACACUCUGUGACUCUGACCGGGCUUGAUGCUGCCACGACGUACUACUACAAGAUCAACUCGACCAACUCCACUGCCAACCAAUUCGUAACGGCGCGCGCUCCCGGAGACAAGACCAGUUUUGCCCUGGCCGUGGUAGCUGAUCUCGGUGUCUACGGAGCAGACGGCUACACCACCACCCGCAAACGCGAGAUCCCCUACAUCGAGCCCGCCUUGAACCACACGACGAUCGGAGCGCUAGCCUGCACCAUCGACGCCUACGAGUUCGUGCUGCACCCGGGCGACUUCGCCUACGCAGACGACUGGUUCCUGAAGCCCAAGAACCUGCUCGACGGCAAGAACGCCUACGCGGCCAUUCUCGAAAACUUUUACCAGCAACUCGCCCCGAUCGCCGGCCGCAAGCCGUACAUGGCAUCGCCGGGGAACCACGAAGCCGCAUGCACCGAGAUCCCCUUCACCAGCGGUCUCUGCCCGGAGGGGCAACGGAACUUCACGGACUUCCUGACGCGCUUCGGCGGCGGCCUGCUGCCGACGGCUUUCCCCUCCGCCUCCCAAAACGCCACGGCGCAGCGGUACGCCGCCACGGCCGCCUCGCUCGCCCGCCCGCCCUUCUGGUACUCGUUCGAGUACGGCAUGGUCCACGUCGUGAUGAUCGACACCGAGACCGACUUCCCCGCGGCGCCGGACGGCCCCGACGGCUCGGCGGGGCUGGGUGCGGGACCGUUCGGUAGCUCUCCCGCGCAGCAGGUGCAGUUCCUGGAGGCCGAUCUGGCGUCGGUCGACCGCAGCGUGACGCCCUGGGUGAUUGUUGCGGGCCACAGGCCGUGGUAUACCACGGGUGGCAGCGGGAGCAGAUGCGAGCCGUGCCAGAGGGCGUUCGAGCCGCUGCUGUACCGGUACGGCGUCGACCUCGGCGUCUUUGGCCACGUGCACAACAGCCAGCGGUUCAGUCCCGUGUAUAAUGGGACUGCGAACCCCAAGGCGCCGGCGUACAUUGUUGCGGGCGGGGCGGGGAAUAUCGAGGGGUUGAGCGCGGUAGGCGCCAACUAUUCGACGAAUGUGUUUGCGUAUGCGGACGAUUUCAGCUAUGCCACGUUGCGGUUCCGAGAUGCGAAUCGUUUGCAGGUCGACUUUGUGAGGAGUAAGACGGGGGAGGUUCUGGAGUCCAGCGUGCUGUACAGGGAACGCGGUGUUGAUUUUGUCAGGAACUCCAGCUAGGAGUUAAUGGCGUCUUGUCUGGGGGCGGCGUCAGCAGUUCACCGUUGGAAGCAGUACUAGAGUAGUAGUAGAUAGGCCUUUCCAAAGGCAAGC